AAGAAGCGGAAACAAAAGAGGUUUUAUAAAAACACAAACACAUCUCCGGCUGUCGAACUACUCAGGGAAUAUACUACAGCUAUUGACUUCGCCAGCAAAAAUACUGAAAUUGAACAUAAGGAGGAAGCGGAAGUGAGUUAAACAGCGAACUGCAUCAGUCAGCAUGGCACUAAAGAGAAUACAGAAGGAGCUGCAGGACCUGCAGAGAGACCCUCCAGCACAGUGCUCUGCUGGACCAGUGGGGGAUGACUUGUUUCAUUGGCAGGCGACCAUAAUGGGUCCGGGUGACAGUCCUUACCAGGGAGGAGUUUUCUUUCUCACUAUCCACUUCCCCACCGACUACCCAUUCAAGCCCCCUAAGGUAGCAUUUACAACAAAGAUUUAUCACCCAAAUAUAAACAGCAACGGCAGUAUCUGUUUGGACAUUCUACGGUCACAGUGGUCUCCUGCACUAACAGUGUCUAAAGUUUUAUUGUCCAUAUGUUCGUUGCUUUGUGAUCCAAACCCAGAUGACCCCUUAGUGCCAGACAUAGCACACAUCUACAAGAACGACAAAGACAAAUACAACAAAUUAGCAAAAGAAUGGACCCAAAAGUAUGCCAUGUAAAGAAAAAAAAAUCUAAGAUAAAAAAUCAUGCUGAGAUUUUUUCUUUUUCCUUCCUUUUUUAAAGUCACAACACACUGUAAAUUAUAGUAUGAAACCACACGUAAUCAUAAGGAAGUCCCAUCAAACUGUACUUUCAUCAGCAUUAUUAUUAAUCCGAGAUGUGACAUAUUCAUUAAUUGUUUUUGAAAGAAAGCAGGACGGUUUUUUUGAGCAGUCAUUUUAUGGAUAUCUUGACAUUUUGAAGUUUGGCAUGUUCAUUUUGCAAGGAAAUUUUAUUUCUAACAUAUAGUUUUUUUUUUUUUUACAAAUUUGCUCUACAUCAUUCUUUAUUUUCUAAAUAAAAAUAGAACAUUUUAGUACAGAAACCCCACCGUAUGCCCUCGAGCAUCAAACCUUUCUCAGAGGUGCUGAGGAACCAGCUUCAGUUCCUGCUGUGUCUAUCAACCCAGCAAGAAACACGCAGAACCAAGGGAACAUUGAAGGGUGAAUGUCAAAUAUACCUGGCCCUCAUUCUGACGUAUGUCUGUAAAAAAAAAAAAAAAAAAAGGAAUACUGACAACAUCAUAAUAUCCCCUCUAACAUUACAACUUACCCUCAACUUCAUGUAGUUGGAGAUGGAGGUUUUUGUUUUGCAUCUUGUAGCAGACGAAGUAGGCUGAAAUGAUGUACUGUUGCAGUUGCCCUGAAUGGGAGCAAUUACUUACAUGUCACGUCAUGUAGACCUGUGUUCGAUUAUUAUUAUUAUUAUUAUUAUUGUUUUUGUUAUUAUUAUUAUGAUUAUUAUUAAUGAUAAUGAUAAUAAUAAUAACAAACGUAUAGUAUUAAAACUCUCUGGAACAACAUUAUUGUUUUAUUCUAUUGAAUUUAAUCUAGAGUCAUCACAAUGUAAAUCUACCAUUAAAACAAUGUCCUCUUUUCUCCUGAAAAUAGCUGUGAUGUUGGGUUUUUAGUUGGAUUUACGCAGGCACAAAGACCCGAGGCCUGUACUAUGCAGCAGGAUUUAGGGUUAGCGAGGUAACUUCAGGUCAAAUCCUAGGUUUUCGGUCCUACGACGGUGGUUCACUUCUUACUGGGAUAAAUCACCAUGGUAACUUAGACUGAAUGACUAACCUGCUCCGUAGCAGGUUAUGUUCAAGGUUGAGAUCACUGGGUAUAAAAACACCGCCCACUGAAAAUCAGUUCUCUCCCGUAAAGCUUCAGAAUGAGUAGCAAACGAACUAGUUCUCAACCAAAUUGCAUCACCAGCAUUUAUUGAAGACCGGCUACACACAGCGUGAAUUGUGAGGGAUCACUGAGGAGUGUGAGGGUUUUUCGGGACAGGCAAAACAGCGCACCCUGACGAGGAUCUCUGUGAGCUUCAUUAAUUUUUUUCGUGUUGGCUACAGGCAAUGUCAAAGCUAUUUCAUAUUUUUUUCCAUACCAAUAUCACCCCACAACAGUAAAUUGACUUUAGCAUUAAAGCUUGCAUUUGUAGGAUAUGUGAAUAAGCUACACCGCUUUGAAUUAUGUUUCUGUUUGUUCUUAAUUUGUUCCCACGUCCUUUUUUGCACCGCCAGGAUUGCAGCUGAAAGUAAAAGUAAAUGUCAGAUAUGCCACAAGUAUAUACAUUAGGCAGCAAAUUAGUUAAAAGGAAUCCUCAGUUGUGCUUAUUGUCUGAUAUGUGCCUUCAUGAUGUAACAGUGGUCAUAUUUUAUUAUAUUAUAAACUAAUGAACUCAUGCAUUCACACAGUCAGCAGUUUUCUGCCAGCAUUCCUUCCUGGCUUUGGUCACUGCAACGGUGCUGCUUUUUCCUCCUAUGAAGUUUUUAUAUUAUUCUUCAUAUUUUGUAAAGUGAGCCGCUCUGCAGCCAGACUUGUCCAUAUUCGUGAUUGGUCAGAUCCUGAUAACGCCGCUCAUUUUAUGUGCACAUGCUCAUACGUUGUAUUCGCUCAUAAGUUUUAUCUAUCUAUCUAUCUAUCUAUCUAUACUCAGAUCAGACAACCCUGGGUUGACUUAUGGAGUUGAUAACCACUGUCGUAGGACCGGUUAUCCUGAGUGCGAUUGUUAGGGUUAGUCAAGCCGGAUCUUUGAAAGAAGUCCUGGGUAUGUUGAUCUCGCUUCGUUGCACAGGCCCCACAUUUUGAACCCUAUGAAAGCGGUUACAUAUGUUCUUCUGUUUUACCUCCAGUCUAUCACUAUAUCUGAAUAUGCUAUAGAGAGGUUGAAUUCCUGUUUUCUGUUCCUGUGUAAUCAGUGUCUUGGCUUUGUCUUUGAGGCCUGUCUGGCACUUUUUGUACUAAAUUAAAGAAUGGUGGGGAUUUUAUCAUGA